GUAGAGUGAAUGCCACUGACUUCGCGCUUGGUCAUGUUGGCAUUGUUACGAACUUCCUGCGCCAGCCACUGGACUGACUUCUUGUCAUUGAUUAGUUCGGUAGGCCGGGCGAUUCGGUACUCAAUGCUGCCAUCGGACAAUUGCUCCGAGCUCAAGGUUCUGGACAGCCGGUUAAGAUCUGGGUCAGGAGGGGAUCCUUCUGGUGGCGCCGACAUAAUAAAUGAUGGUCGAUGUCGAAUUCCAGACGGACCGGCUUUCUCAAGGUAGAUUUCCUCCUCGAGUUCGUCGAGGGUUUCCAGGAGUUGAGCUUGGCGGUAUGGUAUGUCUUCGGAGUCAGUGCUUAGGUCCGCUGCGGUACAGUAGGUAUCGUCAGAGUCGUGGGGACCCUGUACCAUACCACCUUAGCAAUGAACAAUUGACCAGAUCGAUCGUGGUGUGAGAGGACGACUGUGGAGGGUUGGAAAAACUGGCGGCUUUGUCAAGCGUGGCGGCCGCUGGAUCCAGGUGUUGAGAUGCCUCCGGUUUGUCAAGCGCCCCGGUGACCAAAAGAGUGAUUCGGAAUCAGGAUGUGAUCCACUUGACAAGCGCCCGGUUUGACAAGCGCCCCG